ACCUCAAUUUCCAAGUCUUUGUGUGUGUGGAAGCUAUACACAAGAAGAAUCAAAUUUUGCGUUCACAUGCUUUGUGGAAUUUGAAAAUACAACCCCAAGAAAACGCACACCAUAUUGAAUUGUAUCUUCUGCACUUUGUUAUUCUGUGGGAAUAGAAGAGAAACAACAAUAGUCCUCAGGGAUGCAUGGCUUUGGAAGUGAGAGGCCUCCUCACCUAAACAGAGAGGGGAGAAAGAGAAAUGAUGCUGUGGAAAACGGUCUUCAAUCAGACCUUGAGCAUGGAGAUGCAGUACCGGCUGCAAAUGUCGGGUUUGGUAGAGUACUAGCACUUGCAAAGCCUGAUACAGGAAAAUUGAUCCUCGCUACGGUUGCUCUAUUGAUCGCAUCCACGUCAAGUAUAUUGAUUCCAAAAUUUGGUGGGAAAGUAAUUGACAUUGUGUCGAGAGAUAUCCAAACACCUCAACAGAAAGAUGAAGCAUGGGACGAAGUCAAGAACACCAUACUAUAUAUCUUUCUGAUUGUCAUAGUCGCGUCGAUUUGCACAGCACUUCAGGCAUGGUUGUUUUCUUCAGCUAGCGAAAGGGUUGUUGCACGGUUGAGAAAUAACUUGUUCAGUCACCUCAUUCACCAAGAAAUAGCCUUCUUUGACAUUACCCGAACCGGGGAACUCCUAAGUAGGCUAUCUGAAGACACACAGAUCAUAAAAAAUGCAGCAACUACCAAUCUCUCUGAGGCCCUAAGGAGUCUUUCUACUUCAGUGAUCGGUCUUGCAUUCAUGUUUGCAACAUCUUGGAAAUUAACAUUAUUAUCUUUGGUUAUUGUUCCGGCCAUCUUUAUUGCUAUCCACCAAUUUGGUCGCUUUUUGCGUGAACUAUCUCACAACACUCAAUCCGCUGCUGCUGUUGCUGCCUCAAUUGCUGAGGAAACUUUUGGUGCCAUACGCACAAUGAGAUCUUUUGCUCAGGAAGAAUAUGAAAUUUCACGCUAUGCAAAGAAAGUUGAUGAGACAUUAAAUCUUGGACUUAAACAAGCUAAAGUAGUUGGAUUGUUCUUUGGAGGUCUAAAUGCAGCAUCAUCACUAGUUAUUGUAGUAGUUAUCUAUGGAGCCUAUCUAACAAUCCAUGGCUUUAUGACCUCGGGUGAUCUUACAUCCUUCAUUCUUUACAGCCUCACAGUGGGAUUAUCGGUAUCUGGACUAUCUGGAUUAUACACAAUAGCAAUGAAAGCUGCAGGAGCUAGUAGGCGGGUUUUCCAGCUUCGGGAUCGCGUCUCAUCGAUGCCAAAAUCAGGAAACAAGUGUCCUUUGGGUGGUCAAGAUGCGGAAGUGGAGUUAGAUGAUGUCUGGUUUGCCUAUCCCUCACGACCAAAUGAUAUGGUGCUCAAUGGAAUAACAUUAAAACUGCAGCCUGGUUCAAAGGUUGCUCUGGUCGGUCCAAGUGGUGGUGGGAAGACCACUAUAGCAAACUUGAUUGAAAGGUUUUAUGACCCUAUCAAAGGAAAGAUUUUGGUGAAUGGCGUUCCUUUAGUAGAGAUAUCCCAUGAACACCUACACAGAAAUAUUAGCAUAGUGAGCCAGGAGCCCAUUCUGUUCAACUGUUCCAUUGAGGAGAACAUUGCUUAUGGAUUGGACGGCAAAGCAAGCAGUGUUGAUGUGGAAAAUGCAGCUAAAAUGGCGAAUGCCGAUGAAUUCAUAUCCAAAUUCCCCGAAAAAUACCAAACCUUUGUUGGAGAACGCGGGGUGAGGCUUUCAGGAGGUCAGAAACAGAGAGUAGCAAUUGCAAGAGGUCUUCUAAUGAACCCAAGAAUUCUCCUCUUAGACGAAGCCACGAGUGCUCUUGAUGCUGAAAGCGAAUACCUAGUCCAAGAUGCUAUGGAUUCGCUGAUGAAGGGAAGGACGGUUCUAGUUAUCGCGCAUAGGCUCUCGACUGUCAAAAGUGCAGACAUUGUCGCGGUUGUUUCUGAUGGUCAAGUGGUUGAAAGUGGCACUCAUGACGAGCUCCUCGACAAAGAUGGUGUCUAUACUGCAUUGGUGAGGAGACAACUGCAAGGAUCCAAAACUUGAACCAAGUUUCAAUGAUUUAGGUUUCUAUGAAGAUUGAAGAACGUGGAGGGGAAGUUUAUGGAUUGGUAAAAGAUUAAUGCAGAUAAUUUUAUAUACUUUUUACAUGCCAAACUAUCUCAUUAUGCUUCUUGCAACUAGAAAUUUGAGUGUUUGAAUGAUUAUAUUUGUUUUGAAAAUUUAUUUUACUUCUUGUUUAAAAAAAACAAAAAUGUUAAAUAUAAAAAAAAUUAAUUGGCAAUG